AUGGCGCUGCCCAAUAUCUCAAUCCAUUAUCGAAGGAUACCUUCCUUCAUCAAUCAUUCGCGCAAACUCCUGGUAUUCCUGUUAUCACUUAAUCUCAUACUUUCAAGCAACCUCUUUCUCGGAUCACACAAUUCUGUAGACUCGUGGACGAUAUUCAAUACUGCCUCCGUGGAAAGUGAAGAAGAAAAUUAUUUCGGAUCACGACCGAUGGAUUUUGAUCGCACAGAUAUACCGAGGAAUAUUUUAGUAGGAUCCUAUAUUGGAGGCAUCGGCCAUCUUAGACCUGCAUUAGAAAUCGGCAAGAUUUUAAUUAGGCGUGGAUACAAUGUAGCAUUGGUGGCACCCGGAAAUUUCACACCGUCACCCGAAUACCAAAACAUCCGUCAAUUCUCAACCGGACCAAAAUUCGAUACCAAAGUUUUACCUGUCUAUCAAAAACUAUUCGCCGAAGAGUACACGUUCAAGAAGUUCAAGCUGCAAAGGAAAUUAUCAAAUUCAGAAUAUUUGAGUCGAUUUCAGGUGUACAUGCGAGCGGCAGCAGAGUUUAAGCCGGACUUGUUCUUUUGCGAUUUUCUGAUGAAUGAGGUGUGUUAUGAUGUAGCUUGGAAGCUGAGAAAGCCAGUCGUUGGAAUAAGUGCAGGAUUGACUCGUAAGUGA